CUGCCAUGUUUCAGAGAAGGAGGAGGGCGACUUCAGGGAAAAGACGGAGCCACCCUGUCAAUCACAAUUAAGAAACCACGGCAGGAGUAAACUGGUAGGAAAAGCUCGGCCGGCGAAGGCACUUCAUUCGGGGCUUUUUGUUGUUAUAGCUCUUGGUUACGGUGGCCCCCCCUUUCUCCUCCUCCACUCCAGCACCACCACCCCGAAAACUAUGAACCGGCGCGGCGCGACGGGACCUUCGCGUCGCGUCCCGCCAACCGGGAAUCACAGCACUUUUUCGAGCUUCAACUACUAAACAGAACUUAUCACGGUUCAUUAUUGUUAUUUUAUUUUUUUGGAGGAGGUAUUUGUUGGAAAAAAGCGUCACCGAGGAGGCUGGUUCAGCGUUUAUUUCGACUCCCGACAAGCGACUUUCGAAGGACUAACUGGCACAAGAGGACACUCCCAAAGGGCUCCGGAGAGCCACAUUCUCUUACCGAACUCCCAGACGGGGAGAAAGCCAGCGAGCAGCAGCUAUGAGCGGGGGAAAAGUGGUGUGUUCAGGGUGGCUUCGAAAGUCUCCGCCGGAAAAAAAGUUGCGACGUUACGCAUGGAAGAAGCGGUGGUUUAUGCUUCGCAGUGGCCGUUUGACAGGCGACCCCGAUGUGCUGGAGUACUACAAGAAUGACCACGCCAAGAAGCCCAUUCGCGUCAUUGACCUGAACUUGUGCGAGCAGGUGGAUGCCGGGCUGACGUUCAACAAGAAGGACUUGGAGCACAGCUUCAUCUUUGACAUCAAGACCAUCGACCGGGUCUUCUACCUGGUGGCUGACACGGAGAAGGAGAUGAACACGUGGGUUCGCUGCAUCUGCGACAUCUGCGGCUUCAACCCCACCGAUGACGAGGCUGCCAAAGCUGGCCAGCAGUCGGCCAUCGGCGGCCCGGUCGCGGACACGCCUCCGCACACGGCGCUCGGCAACGCGAUGGGCCCGGCGGCGGCGGCCGCGCUGACCGCCGUGCCGCCUCCCUACCAGCCGGUCAGUGUGCGGCAUCUGGACUCCCAAUCCAGCACGGAGGAGCCCCAGGAUUACUUGUGGCUGGUCAACUGUGAGAGCAAAAAGCCCGACGCCAACAGAGCCCACACCGAGUGCUCCAAGUCCACCUCCUCCGAGACGGACCUAAACGACAACCUCCCGUCCCACCGGACGCCCACGUCGUCCACGUCGUCGGCCAAGCACGGCUCGCAGAACGGCUUCUUCGCCGGGCACCCGGCCCCCGCCUCCGCUUCGUCUCUGUACGACUCGCCGCCGUCGCGGGGCGCCUCCCUCCGGAGUGACAACGGCCUCUACCACCUCCCGCGCAGCUACUCUCAGGACACCGUGCUUCUCCCCAAAUCGGCCUCGUCCCCCACGGCCCACCCGGACCUCACCGGCGACGGGUCAGAGGUGUACGUCUUCAACACGCCUUCGCGGAAGGCCUCGGUGGAGUCGCAGAUCCGCAACCUGUCCAUCAGCUACGACAUCCCGCCCACGCCGGGGGCCAACGCCACCUACCAAGUCCCUCGCACCUUGUCUUCCUCGGAGGGGGGCGGGGACGUCUUACCCCCUCCCAGGCCACCCAAACCCACUUCCGGACCACCGCCACCCCCCGCCGAGCGCUCUCCAACAGACACUUAUUACGUGCCGCGCUCGGCCUCGGAAACCGACGGCAACUACUGCGUGCCAACAAGUGGCGGGAAUAAAGCGUUACGCAGCAACACGAUCGCAACGGUCGACUGUUCGCGCCUACGCAAAGAUUUUGGUUCCCAGGACUGCUACGACAUUCCCAGAUCAUUCCCGUCAGACAAGAGCUGCUCAUUCGACUUCAACGAAAGUUUCAACAGCUACUUAAAAAACAAAGGCAUGGUACCCGUGGGCAGCCAGUCCUCCGAGGAGGUGGACCAGAACUACGUCCCCAUGAGCGCCAAUUCCCCGUCCCACCAUCACUCGGGCAGCUUUUCGGAGCCCGUUCACGAGACCAACUACGUCCCCAUGACGCCCAGCACCAUGGAGUUCUCCUCGCUGGGCAAGCAAGUGCCGCCGCCCGCCCACAUGGGCUUCCGCUCCAGUCCCAAGACGCCGCCGCGGAGGCCCAUGCCUAGCGACUGCCAGCCGCCGCCUGUGGACCGAAACCUUAAACCGGAUCGCAAAGGUCAGAGUCCGAAAGUAAUAAGAUCAAAGGGGGUCGGUUUAGAGCGAACCGACUCCCAAACUGUAGGCGAGUUCCCGCGGGGACGACGCAAGGGUAAACCCGCUCCACUCGAGAUCAAACCACUGUCCGAAUGGGAGGAGCCCUGCACGCCGGUCCGCUCGCCCGUUACCCGCUCCUUUGCUCGGGAUCUCUCUAGGUUCCCCAUGCCCGCCCGGCCCCCGUCGGUGCAUAGCACCGCUUCCAGCACUGACUCCGAGGACAGUGAUGAGAAUUAUGUAGCCAUGCUCUCUAAUAUGAAGAACCAGUCAGAUGAACCAAGCACAAAGCUGGGCCCACCGAUGACGGUCGACGGCGGGAGUAGCCCCAUGGUGAAGCCUAAAGGAGACAAGCAGGUGGAGUACUUGGAUUUGGACCUGGACUCCGGCAAGUCCACUCCACCUCGGAAGAUGAAGAGCAACGGCUCCGGCAUGGCGGCAUCAGAUGAGCGCGUGGACUACGUGGUCGUGGACCAGCAACGUACGCAAGCCCUCAAGAGCACCCGCGAGGCCUGGAACGACGGCCGCCAAUCCACCGAGACGGACACGGCAACCAAAGGAGCCAAGUGACCUUUUUUUUUUGUGUGUGUGUGGUUAUCACAACCGAACUCCACGCCCUUCGCGGCAUUUCCGUAACCACUCCGCCAUCUUCUGGUUUUUGCACUGCCGGCGGGAUUUUGCGGAAGUCGGGGGAACGAGCGGACCGGCCACGAUCGUUCGUCAAUUCUUACUAGCAGGGGUUUCUGUCACCACUAGUUGAAAGACGCUCGUCGUAAACAGCGGCGGGAAAAUGAGCGGCGUCAAAAAGACGGAACUUGUCAACCGGUGCUUCGGUUUGAGUUUCGCUUGCGGUCGGAGUCCGUCGACGUGUACAAAAAGUGUUAUGUAUAUACAUCGGAAGACGUGUUCUUUUUAUUUGUUCAGAAUAUUUAGCAUGUUUGACUCGGAAGGUGCGCAGAUUCUGCAGGGUAGAAUCCUGCUGGUAUGGUGACGACGCACCCGUCCGUCGUCCAUCAUGGCGAUGAGCGGACGCAUUCACUGUGAGCUUUUACAACAUCGCCGACACUUUUUUUUUUCUAUAAGUUAUGCGAAAGGUAUCAAAUAAGUUCCGAGCGUCGAAAUCAGGUACGCGUACUAAUGACCUGUAAAAGUCAUCACUAAUUUAUUUGAGCGUCGUAUUCUCUGUACGUAGAAUGUUUCCACGGUCCAUUCGCCUCAUUUCUGAACCCUCUUCGGUUUAUUUCAGACUGGUUACUAUCGUCAGGGACACAAAAUGGCCUUACUAACCUGUGAAAUAUCCCAAAAGUGUGCUGUCUAAGCUGUACAUAUUUUUUGCCAUUGAUGAAAUUUAACAUGUACCUUUUUUUAGAAAACAAAAACGUGCCUACUAAAAAAAAAAAAAACGCCUUCAUUGGAUUUUUUUGUUCCCCCCGCAGUAUCUUUGUGAUUAUGGGAUGCCAAGUGGAUGACAUCUUUUUUUAAUCUUGCAAGAAAAAUGUACAAAUUUCCAAGUGGACUAAAUAAAAUUCAAAGUCAAGUGUG